CUCGAGUUUCUUUUUGUAGUAAAUGAAAGGAGGAGGUGACACGUGACAGUGUGCGUGCAGAUGCAAAAGAGAGCUGUUGCACCUGUAAGUCGUGUCUGCAAUCAUUUCCUUGCUUGUGACCAAAGUGAUGAACAAAUACUAAACCAAGCUGAGUACUUACCAUGUGUUUUUACUCGAGCUUGAGCUGUAGCAGCUUUUGCAUUUUUCUUCUCAGAGUUGAAACAUGAUGAAGAAACGGAGCAGUACUUAGCUUGUGAACCGCUACCAGAUGUCGAGUUUGAAGGACCUUCCCUCCCUGAACGCGCCUGGUCGGCGGCGGUCGGGUUUUGAUUUGGAUCCGAGUAUUUUUGACACUGACGAGCCAAAAUCCAGUGCUGCCGGAAACAAGAAAUCAAGGGACCCGCUGGGAGGAGGUACUUCCUUACAGAAGAUACAUGAAGAUUGAUUAUGAUGCAUGGUCUAAUUUGCUUCUCGCGUUACUACUACUAGGCUUCUUUAUGCAUUCCAUUUUUGUCUCCUAGAUUAGAAGUGGUGUCAGCACAUACUUGAAUGAAUGAAUUAUCUACAGGUGAUGCUUUGGACAAUUUUCUGCCUUUCGGCGAGCGCCCCCCGACCGCGGAAGAGGAGGAGCUGGAGGCGGAACUGGCCCGGCAGAACGAAAUUUUGAAGGGCGAGCUGAACCGGAAGGAACAGGAGACUCUACUCACGGACACCACGCUGCUGAGCCGCAAAAACGCCAGCACGAUCGUGGACGGCGUGGUGAGCCCCGACAUUCUGGACUCCACCGGGAUCCUAGGCAACAAUCGCACGCUGCCGCAAGACGAGGACACGGAGAUUGACGACAUUCUCGGCGACAUUCUAGAGGACGACCAGGAGGCCAAGGCGAAGCUGCUGAAGCGGUCCCAGACCGAGCCGCCGGCGCUGCAGUCUGCGGCCACGAAGCGCAAUAAUAUCGCGGCGAAAGAAGCAGACCUGAUCACCAGCACCUCGGAACGGAGCGCCGCUGUAGUUGCUGUGCCGGGCAGCAGCGCAGCUGCAGGAAGUAGCAGUGCGGGGGGCAUCAACCUGGGGUUCUCGUUGAAGGUACUUAAGGAAAACUGUUACGUAGAGCGAGGAGCUGUGCCUAGCGAUUGCGUUGGAACGCAACUGCAGCAACGCCCGACAAGAAGUACCACACGUAAAUAAAGUCAUUCCAAAUCAAUGCCAGUGACCUCGUGAAAAACUAAAACAGGAGUCUUCCGGCUCUGGCCUCUCCACGGCAAAGGAUGCGGACGCGAAGCAGAAGCAGAAAGAGGCGACGCCGCCGCCCAUGGGCGCGAAGCGGCGCGGUGGGUUCCAGACCAAGCCAAGCCUGGUUUCGGAAGACAGCGACGACGAUUUGUUUCUCCCCAUGGGCCCGAAAGAGGACAAAAAGACGGCAAAUGUCGAGAACAAGGACAAGACCAUAGUACCCACUGCUGCCGAGAGCACGAACAACCAGGCCUUGUUUAGUGCGGCGGAGCUCGGUUUCAGUGAUAGCGACAACAACGGGCCCGAUUCGGUGGUGACCAAAAAAGAUCAGGCGGGACCUCUCUCUGCUUCCGCGCUUGCAGCGGGCAACAAUGCAGCUUCCACGGCCUCGACGACCGGGCCGCGAACGAGAAGGAACCUCGGCCUGCGGCUGAAUUUCGACAACCCGGCUCCGAGCGGCACGAAGAACACCACGGACAGCAGCGGGACUGGGUCCGGUACAAUAACCGGAGCCGCCGGCGCGGCGAAUAAACAAGCAGACACGUCGAGCUCGUCGAAGCAGGACACUUACGACGAGGACGACGACCUACCGAUCUUCGGGGCCGCGGUCAACAAAAAGCGCACGCUCGACGACAUGGCGAUACCGAGCCCCAAGAACCAGAAAGUGGUGAAUCCGCAGUUCGCCAGUCUCACUACCAAUUUCAACAACGAGGAAAACAGCGUGCAGUCCGCGCGCGGCGAGUCGCCGUUGCAGAAGGCGCGCGACCUGCAGAGCUCCAAGGAGGCCGACAUAUUCGCCCCGGGAGACGAUUUCUUGAAGAAGCCGCCCCGGCGACCGCGCGGGGAGCAGGUCGGCGGGAGUCUGCUGAACUUUCAGACCCGAACAAAUUAUCCCGCACAGGCGGGAGGUGGACAAUCGAAUACCGCGACCUCGAGCGGGAACGAAGGCGGAUCCGCGCAGUCGCAUACGACCACGCCAGGAGCUGCUGCUGGCGUCGUGAAUUUGCAGCAAAUGCCGGGGGGCGCCGGAGGUCUUUCAGCGCAGAAUGGUCAGGGUGGGACGAACAACAGUAAUUCGAACUCCAAUAACCUCCUUUCCACUUCCAUGCUUUCCGCCACCACCGUCGCCAACCCGGGCAGCACUGCCAACAGCGUCCGGCCGAGUCGCCGACAGUCCGCGGAACAGGCCGCAGCGCUCGGAAUCGGCAACAACAUUGGCUCCGCGGUUCCGCAGGGAGCGAACCUCGUUGUACAACCUGGUGGCGCACCGGGAACUACAACCCCGAUGGUCAUCCAGGCCGGAGCAACAGCGCAAUUCGGAGGUGCGACAGCGGCUGCUUUGCUUUCCUCGAAUAACCCGCAGACGGCGUUUACGUUGAAGCAAGCGGAGGAAUACGCGCGGAAUUUGGACGAGCAAACGAACACGAUCAAACAACUGAAACUGGACUUGGUGCAGGCCAACGCGGAACUGCAGGAGCAGUCGCUGAAGGCCAAACGGCUGGAGAACGAGAUCACGGAGCAGGAUCUGAAGCAGAAGCAGCAGAAGGAGAAACAAAAAUUGGAACUAGAGUCGGAAAGGGAAAGGUUCGACCUGGAGAAGAAACGGUUAGAGAACGAGCUGGAUCGGGUCAAAACCGUGCACGCCGAGGAGAUUCGGCACCUGCAAGAGUCGAAGCGCAUGCUGACCGAGUCGCUCGACCUGGAAAAGGAGCAGUGUCGUCGCGACGAGCAGCGGAAGGGACGCGAGGAGUGUGAGCGGUUGAAGCGACAGUUUCUGGACGACCAGGGUGAAAACGAAAAAAGGCAUCAGAGGUAUGGAUCUAGGGUUUUUUUGGAGUGCAUAUGCACUAGAAAUGCUGUCGCUGUCGGAUCGUGCUUUACUGUGUCAAAAGAUCCAGAAGGGUCGCCUGUGCGACGUAUGUACUGUGGUACGAAACGCAAUAACCAAUUUACCAAAUUUAAAUUUUGAAUUCAGGCAAGUGCAGAUUAUCCGGGAGUCCACCGAGAAGGAAAUCGAGACGAUCCGGAACUCCGCCAGCUCGGGGGUGCAAAUCAACUCGUUGCUCGAGCGCGUGCACGACACCACGUUCCAGAUGGAUUUGCUGCAAAAGAAGAUCGAGUCGCAACGCUCCGCCGAAGACCAACUGCGCGAACAAGGGCUGGACAACCGGGAAAAAAUGAUCCGCGCCACGGAGAAGCAAUUGCAAGAGCAGUCAAAGGAAGUGGAAACCCAGCGAAAGAAAAUGACCGACCUGAUCAAUCGGAUGGAGGCUGAACUGGCACAGCAGCAAUUACACGCAAACGAACACGCCACGGUGGCCAGUGAAAGGUGCAUAAUAUUAAGACCUAACUUGCUCAUCAUGAUCCACUUUGCCAAUAGGUUGUUGCUAUGUGAAAAAUCGGUCGGUGCGAGGUAUCAAAUGUUUUUACCACAUUGUAUACGGGUAGUACGUUUUGCAAUCUGAAACCUGUGAUGCCAAAUUUACCAACGCAGACUCGAGCGGGAGCACGCUCGUUUGCUGGAGAUGCAGCGGUCCUUGAAGGAGGAGCGGGCCAAACAGUACGAGGAAACGAAGGUAGAGCGGCUGCGGUUGGAGGAGAAGGAAGUGCUGCUGAACCAGAAGCUGCAGCAGCAGACCGAGGAAUUUGAGCAGAAGCAUCGGGCGGUCACUGAGAAGGAAGAGCGGGUGAAAAAGUUGGAAAACGCGAUCGAAAGCUCGAAGCUGAAUUGCGAAAGGAGAAUAAAAGAGUCCGAGGUGCUGAUUUCGUCGGAAAGAAAAAAUUUGCUCCUGGAACUUGAGCGGUUUGAGGAAAAGAAACGGGACUUCGUUUUGAAAGAAGAGCAGUUCAAACAGGCGCAGGGAAAGCUGGAGGGGGAGAAAAUGAAAUUUGAGGAGGACGUCGCGAGAGUCAAGGAGUUGGCUGAAAAGGUAGUUGAAUUAUGCUUCUGGAUUCCGUAGCGUUAGUGGUCCUUGUGGUUGCAGCUGCACAUGAACCAACUGUAACUUUUUUUUCUGCGCGAAAGAGAAUGAAAAAGUUAGUAUGUCGUGCGUAGCAGUUAUAUCAAUUUACAUGAUCAAGCAAGAGGGUUGCACACUCCGACGUCGGGCUGGCUGCCCGAUGUCGACCAGCUUCCGCUGGUUCUCUGUCCUCUAUCUAGAAUCUCCGCUUCGUCCGGGCUUGCCUGGACUCGGCGUUUUUUCAGCUCUUCGGUUCUCGGAGAGUGGAUAGUUUACGGAGGAGUGUCUCGAUGAGAAAGCGAGGCGUACUUGUACGCUUCAGGCCUUCGCUCUGGUUCUGCUUCGCAGUUCCGCCUUGUCGUUUCCGGCAUCGCCGAUCCUUAGCGUGGAUCAUUGCGAUGUACGACAAGGAAAGAGCUCCGGCGGUUCCGUCGCCAUUGAACUGCUCAAGCCAUGAGCAGGACAUAGUAGACGGCGUGCACACUGCCGCGUGCAUGUAGCCCGGCUCAGCCGGGCGCUGGGAUAUCCUUCUGACCGGGGAGGAUGUCUUGGUGGGAAGAUGGCCGAUGCGCGGCUCUUACAGUGCAAAGAGUUCGCGUGCUUCAGCUGUUUUUCAGGCUAUCUGCGGGUGGUGGUUUGAAGAAGUCGAUGACGGCUCGCGGUUCUCGCGAGUCCCACUGCUCGGGGAGUGGAGAGGUGCAGCCGCUGCGAUGCAGUGCCUGCGCCUCUUCACGCCGAAAAAGGCAUACGUCCGGCGGCAGCUUAGCCUAUGGCUGGCGCCGCUUUAUUCGGCAACACGCAACGGUCAACAGCACAGCUGAUUACAGCUGUGGCCUGCCGCUCUGUGUGUCGCGGGCGGUUCGUGCUUUUGCGCUUAGCAUCGUAAGGCGCAAUGUAGCACCACCACCAGACGUCCAAACGGACGCGGGCCGCUCGCCUGUCAUUGAUGAAGCCGCGCGAGCAGGGGCGCCGCGCUUCACUUUGACAGGAAUCCCCUACUGAAGAGCCCCACCGAAGGCCAAGGCUACUGGUAUCCAUUUAGGGCGAUGCCCGAGGUCAGUGACGUUGUCACUGGCCGGGGCCAGAGUAACACACUGUACACGCACAGCAUCACGCUAACGCUGACAAACACCCACGAACAAGGGGCACCCCGCGCCCGCAUACCCCCCUCGCCGAUGGCAGGGGGGCGCCCGAUGGGCUGACUAUUACUAAGCGACUUGCUGUUGCACAGACGCCGGCACAGCCGAUGGCUGUGCCGGUGAGAUGAAGGCUUCGUUCUCCCCACCACACCUCCCAGCACCUGGGCGCGCAACUCCACAGGCACAGCCCCGCAGGCGCGGCGGUUAUGUUGUUGAGUCGCAUGGCUAGGCUGCAAGUAUUCGUUGGUGUGCACCACAUGCGACGUCGAUGAUGUCGCCUGCGGGUGCUGGGUCGGGGUUGGGCGUCCACGACAUUGUUGCUGCAUCUCUUCGGGGUUUGCAAAUACCUUGUCGUAGCCAUUGCGCCGGCGCUUGGUUUUGUCCACGAUGUGGAUGUCUCUGAGUCGCUUGUGCUUUGGUAUCAGGGGUGCUGACUUGGAAGGAGAGCUGAGCGCGUUAGCCUAUCGGCGUCGUUGCUCCGUCCUUCGCCCCUCGACGUCGGUCCGCCGGCGUUGAUUGCCUGCAGGUGAUUAGCGCAGUCGAGGGGUUCAGUGGUUGGUGUGGGGGCGAGGAGCUGUGGUGCAGUUUUAGCAGGUCCUUCUCCUGUUUCGGAUUUCUCUGCUGCUCCACGAGCCAGAGUCGUUCGAUUCAUCCAGCGUACCUGGGGACGCUUGAUUUGCCUUUUUACAUUUGGAGCGCCAAUCCUGGCGUCUCAGACAGGUCGCAGCGCGAUGUGCUGCGUCCGCUAGAUCACAUACCCGCGGGAACUUCCCGGAACUUAGUCACGAUUGGGAGCAAGACCCCGCUGCGUCGCCCGGGUUCCGGGCUCCACGGCGGUGCCCUACCCCGGCGCGUUUCCCACGUGCUCGCUACCUAGCUACAACACAGCCCCGCGCGCCUGGAUCUCUGCACCGACAGAGCCAGGCCGCCCCGUUGAGUCACAUUUGGGGAAGAUGUUCGGUGGGCCAUGUCGUGUUCCACGGCUUGGCCCACCUUCACGUCCGGGGCGUGGCUCUGUGGGGUUUGAGAGCUUGGCUCGCGCGGCUUGCUACUUGUAGCUCGCUGUGCCGGCCGGGUUCUCUUCUUGCUCGCCAGUGUGACCGUCGCAGGGCGUCCCGCGACGAGGACUGCAGCGCGCGUCAGCACUGCCUUCGAUUAUCAUCGUUUCCGCGCGCUUUCGCUCGUUGGGUGAAUUGCGCCAGGAAUGUGAAUUUAUAUAAGCAGCCAAUUGAUUCUCUCUGCCGCACCACCACAGGCCGAGAACCGUCGCAAGCAGGUGGAAAAGAUGUACCUGGAGGGCUGUGAAAUGCGGGAGGAAGCGAAGCAGGUCCACGGGAAGAUCGUGCAGGACCGCGCCCUCCGCGACGGCGAAAUUGGCCGACUGAAGGCCCUGCAGCAAAUGAUAGAGCGGCAACGCUUGGAGCUGGUGCAGGACGCCAGUGUGCGCGUCGCCGGCGGCAAUCCGUCCUCGCUGCAACCCGGGGGCGGCGGCGGGGGUGGUCACGGUCACGCACCCAGCCGGCUGAUGAUGUCCCAACAUCAGCAGAUGACGCCGGGGCUCGUCAUGCAGCAGCACCAGAUGCCGUUCCAUUCCACCGCGGGGUCGCUUUCUGGGGGAGGAGUCAACGGUUUGGCCAACGACCUGCUGUCCAGUCCGCAGCUGCACUUCGGUCCGUUUCCCACCGCAGGGACCUCCUCCAAUGGGGGAGGAGGUGGCUCUUCCUCUAGCACCCACGGGAGAACGAUGAAUCAGGUCGUCCCGCCGAUCAAGAGCGCGCUGCCAAACAGCUCUUCGCAGAAGGAAACGCUGCAGCUCGUUUCCGGCAUCCACCCGCCAUCUUCCGGCCGCAGCCCCGCGGGAAGCUCGGUGCUGGGUGCGCAGAAGCACUUGAUCAGUAUCGCGGAAAACGAGCUGAACAAUGUUGAUCAUGGGGGUGAACAAGUAUCAAGUGCAAAAAUGUCUGGGUCUGGAAGAAUGCAAGCUUGUCAUGCUUGUCGCACAUGACUCUUGAAUUUGUCAUGCACAUUACCCAAGAGCCCCAUUUUUCUGUCAUGCAGAAACGCAGUUUGUCAUCAUGCAGAAUAGGCAACACCUAGAAGCUCCGAAACUUGUCAUGCUGAGCCAGCACUUCUGGCCUCCUCAUGAUACGCCACCCAGCAUCACAAGUUUCCAGACCCAGACACUCUUGCGUUUGAUAACAAGGAGUAGAUCACGACUUCGCGGAAGGAGCAGAACCACGCAUCGACUCGAUGCUUGGCAGUUACAAAAGCACGACCGGAGCUGCAGUAGUUGGUGCGCCGCCCAUGAUGGCCAGCAACGAUGUUGAGGGCGGCCUCAACAACAACCAGACAAUUUCUCCUGAAGAUGUAGAAAUGCAGAUGCCUUUACUCGCAAGUACUAACGCCGGCGCGACCGCGGGAGUUCCGCUUACUGGCUCGUACCAAUUCACGAAAUACCACAACGCUGCGACCGCGGUCUCUUCCUCUUCAUCUGCGGCCGAUACGCUGUACACGAACGCGCUCGGGGCGUACGACAGGACGACGCUGCAGCAGCAGUUGCAGAAAUGGACGUCCACUUCCGAUGACGUGCGCGCGCAGAUGAAACAGGCGAGCAAGCACAUCCUUGGCGUCAGCGCGAAUGGCGGGAUUCUGACCGAUCAACAAAGUGCUUUGGAGCAGGACCGGAACAACCUCAGUCGUUCAAUCGUGCUCGAAACCAGCAGACUUGGGGUCGUGGGGAACAAAACGCCGAUAAGAACGGGGAGUAAAAAUGAGAUCGGAGCAUCAAUCGAAAACAAUAACAAAUCCUUCAUUUCGCUGGACAACGAGGAUGCGGAUGUCGAGCGGGGUCGUGCGUUGUUGAAUUCCGUCGGCGGUGGGGGUCGAAAUGCGAACGACCAAAGUUGGAACUCGUUGCACGACGGAAGCAUGGCAAACUACGCGAAUACCGGGACGGUAUGACGAAGGAUUCAAAAGAACUGAAGGCGCGCUUCUCGCGUCCUGUUUGGACGAAGGAGACGAUCUUUCACCUGUUUGAUGAGCUAUGAGAAGUGAAGAAUGAAACUGACGAGGUGCGAGCGCAAUAUUGUUCUUGAAGUUCUUGAUGGUUCAAGUCAACCCGUUUUUUGGAUCUUGACGUGAUAGAAACUGUGCCGAGCUAUUUGCGAGCUUUUUUUACCGAAGAGUUGAACUGAAAACAGAGCAACCUGUUAGAUGGCCGAGGAUUUUAUUGAAUAAGUUACAGUAUGUGUUAUCACUAUCAGUAGUGCACUCAAAACAAACAGAAGAGCACAAGAAGGAUUCUGAAAUUACUUUCUCUGAGCUCGCAAAGUUCAAUAGACAGAAAUCGUACCUGCUCCUUAAAGACGAAAAUCGCACUCCUCCGCAUCUUCUCCUCUGAGCAGGAUGAUCGAGAACAAUAGCCUGAGGCAAUGGGAUGUGGAGUAUCUGCCUCAUCUGUCAUACUGUUCAGAAUAUAGACGGUUCCACUUCUUAAAAAUACCGUUACC